CUCAAAUUUGAACAACAACAACAACAACAACAACAAUUUAGCCUUAUUCGAAUAAAAUAAUCAUUAAUUAAAUUUUUGCCAAAAUGAGCACACCUAAAGUGAUUAAAAUAAGUUCAGACUUUAAAAAGAAGAUGAGGCAAGAGUAUGAGCGACUGAAAACAUUACAGGAAUCACAGGAAAAGGAGAUAAUCGUUGAUACUUGGAAUGAAAAUCGAAAACAAUGUAAAGCGAAUGUUGAUGAGAUUCUGGAGCGUUUUAACAGCAUUAAUUGCACUUUUCAAGAUAAUGUUUUUAAUCCUGAGCAUAAAGAUCAUUUGAAGAAAGCUACAAUAACAACUCACGAUGGAAAUAAGCAGUCUGUACCAACAUACGUCCUCUCAAAUGUCAUUCCAAUCCCUAAUAUGUGUUCCUGGGCUCCAGUUCAACAGAACUUUAUGGUCGAGGAUGAAACUGUUCUAUAUAAUAUUCCAUACAUGGGAGACGAAGUUCUGGAUAAAGAUUCGGAAUUUAUUGACGAGCUAAUUAAGAAUUAUGAUGGAAAAGUUCAUGGCGAUAAUGACGAGGAAUAUAUUGAUGAUAAGCUGUUUGUAGACUUAGUUAAAGCAAUGAUUCCUUUUCAAUCAAAAGCUGUAGAAAUACCAAUAAUCAAUAAACCACUUACUAGAGAAAAAGAAAAGGAAAUGAAGGAAGAUUCUGACUCGAAUACAUUACAAGAUCCAGCAAAAGAGAAUGGCGAUUCCAAAGAUCAAUUUCCAAGUCAAAAUAUUUUUCAAGCAAUUAGUGAAAUGUUUCCAACCAAAGGAAAUCCAGAAGAACUAAGACAAAAUUAUAUUGAAUUAACAAAGAGUGUUGAUCCAAAUCGUCCACCAGAAUAUUGUACACCAAAUAUCGAUGGAUUAAAUGCUGAAUCAGUUAGUCACGAUCAAACUUUACAUUCUUUCCAUGCAUUGUUUUGCAGACGAUGCUUUAAAUAUGAUUGCUUCUUACAUAGACUAUCAACUAAUCCAGGACCAAACUUACAAAAGAGAAAAGGUCCAGAAUUGGAAGUUGUAGAAGAGCCAUGCAGUCCAAAAUGUUAUAUGCACUUACCAGGUGCUAAAACUUCAACGUCUGAAAACAGAAAGAGUAAAAGCAAUGCAGACGAGAAGAAAAGAGAAAAAAGUGAAUCAAUGGUUAAAUUUGAUACAGCAUUAGAUGCCGACGAAGUAUGGACUGGAUCUGACCAAUCAUUCUUUCGUGUAUUACAUCGUUGUUUUCUCAACAAUUAUUGUGCUAUUGCUCGAGGUCUACAGACCAAAUCGUGUCAACAAGUUUAUGAGUUUGCACAGGAAGAGCUUAAACACAUUGAACCGUUAGAGUUGGGAAAAAAUGCUUCACCUCCAAGAAAGCAACAAAAGAAAAAGAUUAAUACUAAAUUGUGGACCAUGCACAUCCGAAAGAAUGCAAGGAAGGAAGCAAAUGCAAACAAUGUCUAUAAUUAUACACCGUGUGAUCACAGUGGUCCCUGUCAAGCUUCAUGCCCAUGCUACGAGAGCUCAAAUUACUGUGAAAAAUUCUGUAAUUGCUCAUCGGAAUGUCCAAAUCGUUUUCCUGGAUGUCGCUGUAAAGCACAAUGCAACACAAAACAAUGUUCUUGCUAUUUGGCUGUUCGUGAAUGCGAUCCAGAUUUAUGUCAAUGUGGAGCUCAUCAAUUCCAUUUGAAUAAAAUGACGUGCAAGAAUGUAAGCGUGCAGCGUGGAUUACGUAAACAUUUAUUAAUGGCUCCAUCGGAUGUCGCUGGAUGGGGCAUUUUCUUAAAAGACGGAGCUCAAAAGAAUGAAUUCAUUAGUGAAUAUUGUGGAGAAAUUAUAUCACAAGAAGAAGCUGAUAGACGAGGAAAAGUCUACGAUAAAUAUGCUUGUAGCUUCUUAUUUAAUCUAAAUAAUGACUUUGUUGUUGAUGCAACGCGUAAAGGUAACAAAAUCCGUUUCGCAAAUCACAGCAUAAAUCCAAACUGUUAUGCAAAAGUAAUAAUGGUUAACGGAGAUCAUCGAAUUGGGAUUUUUGCUAAGCGAGUCAUUCAGCCUGGCGAAGAGUUAUUCUUUGAUUAUCGUUACGGUCCGACUGAACAGUUGAAAUUUGUCGGCAUUGAGCGUGAAAUGGAAAUUUUGUAAGUCUUAGAUUCUUACACUGCCUUAGAUCUAUCUCAUCUUGAGCAUAUAGCUGAUGGAAAAUCUGAAUUUAUUUUUUAAUUAUUUUUUUUUAUUUAAAUUUUUUAUUUUAUCAACUAGACUCUAGUAAUACAUAAUACUUGUAUUUACCUAAAUUAGAUUCUAUUAAUUCUAUAACUUUACUUAUUCACUUGACUUUUGCAUAUACGUAAAAAUAAUAAAAGUAAUUAAAAGUACCAAAAAUCGUCUUAACUUAAUUAACAGCUUGCAUGCUUGAGUUUAAAAAAAUCUAAUUAAAUGAAGCUCGUCAA